AUGGGUCAGCUACCUCGUGCUCGCGUAUCUGCUCCGGCCCCCGCUUUUCUCCAUUGUGGCGUAGACUUUGCUGGUCCCGUGGCCACGCGAGCAUCCUCCGGCCGCGGAAUAGCAUCACGCAAGGGAUACAUCGCGGUUUUCAUUUGUCUUGCUACUCGUGCUGUGCAUCUGGAGCUCGUGAGCAGUUACUCGACGUCGGCGUUCCUUGAUGCAUAUUCAAGGUUUUGUGCCCGACGAGGUUUGCCCACGGACGUGUACUCGGAUAAUGGAACGAACUUUAUCGGUGCGGAUAAAGAAUUGACCAAAACUUAUCGUGACACGUUGCGAGACCCUGACUUUUUAAAUAGAACUGCAUCGGAUAAGGUGUCGUGGCACUUCAUGCCACCUCACGCCCCUCACUUUGGAGGAUUGUGGGAGACGGGAGUUCGGAGCGUAAAGCACCACUUGCGGCGAAUUCUCGGCUCUCACACAUUAACGUUCGAAGAGCUCGCAACUCUUCUCUGCCAAAUCGAAGCGUGCUUAAAUUCCAGGCCACUCGGACCUCUCACAGAUUCAUUUGACGAACUUGCGCCAUUGACGCCAGGCCAUUUCCUAAUCGGUUCGGAAAUUACGACAAGUCCAGAACCUUCUGUUCUGCACCUCAAGGAAAAUCGCCUCUCACAAUGGCAGUUAAUUAGACAACUUACCGAAAAGUUUUGGCGGAUCUGGCAAACGGACUAUAUUAACACGUUGCAGCAAAGAGCCAAGUGGCGCAAAGCACAACCUUCCAUUCAAAUUGGCACGAUGGUUCUUAUCCGGAAUAACGCAUUACCACCAUGCAAAUGGGAACUCGGACGAGUGACCCAAUGUUUCGCAGGCUCUGACGGAUUGGUUCGCGUCGUCUUAGUUAAAACAGCGAAGUCUGAAUACAAGCGUCCGCUUGCACAAUUGUGCAUCCUUCCCGUUGCUAUCGAUGCGCAACUCAAAAAUGCCAUUGCUCAGUAA